CCUCUGUUAACAAUAUCGGUGCUCUGACUGGGGCACGCCAUUUCUGUUUUGGUGUAGAACUUCGUGAACAUUUUUGGAUUACAACAAUACUAGAGGUGCUCUCCGCACUCUAGUUUUCUCUCAUACUUUGUUUAUUUGCCUUCUUAGCAUUACCAGCUUUCAUUUUAACGAAAAGCAUACGCUUUCGUUUUAUUUCUUGUAUUGCAAUCAUGGAGUGUUGAUCAUGAGUCCAAAAAGUGGGAAAUCAUCUCUACGGAGCUGUUGCUCGCAGGGAGGAGGGAAAGCGACUUCUGUCGCACAUAGUUUAUUAGGAAUAGAUGCUAGAAGAGUCCGCAAUGGACAAGAAACCAGCUCCUGCGCCUUCCUCUGUGGCCAAGGGCUGUGGCAGUAAUGGAAGUCAAGAGAAGAAGCAUCGUGGUGGAGGGUUCGCUAAGCGCAGCAAUGGCGGCAACGGCCAAUCGCGGCAGUUUGAUGGCGGCUAUGGACGAAAGCCGCUACCACAAAAGACGAAAGCUCUGGACAAGCGGCCACGUUCGAGAGGCGGAUAUAGUGAGAAUGCUAAGGGAAGGAGUGAGAUAGCGAAGGAGGAUCGGGACGUGGAGUUUUUCAGUUCUGCCCAGCCGGGCAGCAAGAAGCACAACCUCAAUCACCUGCUGAAUUUCACGCUCGCGCCACGAGAGGGCGACACAGCGCUGGGCGGCCGCGGUUUCAACUCGGGAGGCCUGCCGGCGUGGAGGAGGAGGCAGAAGUGGGGUCACUCGAAGGUCAAAUACAACAAGGAGCAGUUCCUUCAGGCAAACUGCCAGUUCGUCGUGCAGGACUCGGGCGACUACACCGUGCACGCAGCGAACCCGGACACGCUCGUAGACUGGUCCCUCGUCGAGCAGAUUCGCAUCUUCGGGCACGAGGUGCCGUCGUGUCCCAUCUGCCUCUACCCUCCGACGGCCGCCAAGAUGACGCGGUGCGGUCACAUCUACUGCUGGUCGUGCAUACUGCACUACCUCGCGCUGAGCGACAAGCCGUGGAGGAAGUGUCCGAUCUGCGACGAGGCAAUCCACAACAGCGACCUGAAGAGCGUCGUGGUGCUGGAGACGCAUCAGUUCAGCGCCGGCGACGAGGUUUCGAUGAAGCUCAUGCGGCGCGAGCGCGGCUCCGUCCUCGCGAUGCCGCGCGCGCACUGGCAGAGCGCCGCCGGGAAACCGUUCUGCGAGAAGGACGUCGCCGACCUCCACAGUUCCAUGAAGCUGCUGUCGGUUAGCGGCGCAAGAAACCUGGACAGCAUCGUUAGCAGGGAGAGGACAGCGCUCGAAACACAGUACGCGGUCGAGAAGCAGUAUUCGGAGUCCUGCUUCAUCCAGUCGGCCCUGACGCAUCUCGAGCAACGGGAGGCUGCGCUCAGGAUGAGGCAGUCGCCGCCGGCAACGAAGCCCAAGCCGGUUGGAGAGGAAAGCAGAAGAGGAGGAAAACGAGGAGAGAAGGGACUGGAAGGAAGCCGGUGGUGUUCGGGGAGAAGGCGAUAGUGGAAUACGCGUCGGCCUUCGAUGACCAAGUCGCCAACCCCGACGUGACCUUUGACCUGAGCGACGAGGCAGACAACUCGCCCGGCGAACCAAUGGAGGAAGUCAGCGCGGAUGUAGAUGGCGCCGGCGCUACAGAGGAAGUCAGCGCGGAUGUAGAUGGCGCUGGCGCUACAGAGGAAGU